UGUAGACUCACACUGUUUGUAUGCCUGUCUCAGUGCCCGUGUGUGUGUGUGUGUUGAGGAGAAGGGACACUUGAGCGUCCCCCGGCAAACGAAGCGUUAUAGCGGUCGCCGCCUCGUGCCAGUUUCCGUUCUUUUCUCCGGUUGCUGGGCGCCAAGACAAACUCACGCUCUGUUUAACUAGAACAUAAUUUCUGACGCGCGUAAAUAUUUGCUCGGAAAACAGACUUACCAGGAGCGAUGGGUAUAAAUACGCGAACCGCUAAUUGUCCAUAACGCGAAACAGACAGCAAGACUUCACAAGUGACAUUCAUCGAGUAGGCUAUUAUACGGAUGGCAGCAACCGUGAUCAGGACGCUGAGCCAUUUUGGUUUGGCAAGACCCCUCCAGCCCUGGUUCUUUCCUGUGGAGGAUGAGGAAGAGACCGAAGAAGAGUAUGAAGAGGAGCUGAUAGAGGAGGUUGAAGACAGUCUGGAAGAGAAAGAGGAUACAGUGUCCGGUGAGUCUCAAGAGGAAGUGCCAUGCAGUUGUGAUUCCUCCCCCAAUAACACUGAGAUGACCAACCAACUAUUGCGGUUUGCCGAGCUCAUUAGCAAUGAUGUGCAACGCUAUUUUGGGCGAAGCCAAGACCCUGAUGCCUGUGACAUUUAUGCAGAGAGACCAUGUGCAAAAAUUGGGGGCCGUCAGCGCUACUAUGCUGACUUCAUUAAAGUAGCAUCCUCAGGGCAAGGGGAAGAGCCAGAGUCGCUCGGGCCCCUUGCAGAGCUCUUUCAAGAUGCUCAAAGAAAGGGGCGCGGUCUUCCCAUGAGUCAACGCCGCCUACCAAUCAGCUUUUGGACAGAGCCACUCUCACACCAAUUAGAUGUGUUAAAUGAUUCAAACACACCAGAGAAAUCACUCAGUAUGAGCAACACUGCAGAGAGCUCCCUUAACAUCAACACAUCAUUGAGCAUGUAUAAUAACACAAAUGUCUGCACCAUGGCCAGCUCCAAUAUCUCAGGGACUCUCAGUAGCUCAAGCACACCAGAUUUCAGUGAUUUACUUGCUCACUGGCCAAUGGACAGAGACAAUACCAGUGAAUUUACCUGUGACUUCUUGCUUUAACAGACUCUGA